AUCAUCAACCUCAAGUUAGAGGCCUGUGCCAGGCUGAAUCUUAUAAUUUAGACCAGACGGAUCAGCAUCGCGUUCCUCCCUCGUCAUUAGUACCGAUCGUAUCGUCACAAGGUCAUCAAUCCGUUGGAGGCCUGCAUGAGCCAUACGAGAAUGGGCCUUAUAGUUCAGGCCAGGUGGAGUUGCAACAAGGUUCUCCUGUAUCAUACGGAUCCCCAUCUCAUUCUUACGUCUAUCAUUCGGAAAAUAAUUUUGUUACAAACGAAUUAUCAAUGCCAAUGAAUGCAGUUCAACAAAAUCGAACAAGAAAUGUAGGGGAAUCAUCACCUAUUACUAAUACAUUCGGACCACCGGUCCAAUAUCCAUCAGUAAUGUGUCCAGCACCCGUGCUCGUGAAAAUAUAUGCCUGUCCGAGCUCCAUUAAUCAAAUCCAAUAUUCAUGUGAACACUCGGCACCGAUUAAUACAGUAGGGACAUCACAAGGACAACAGCAAAUGUCAGUAAGUUCGGGUAGAGAAAAUAACUCACAAACACAAAAUUCUUCGACCAUUGCAUCACCAACUCAUUGGGAUAAUGCAAAUUAUUUAAACAUGACUUCGGCUCCAGAAUUUCAAACGGUUAUAUCGCAAACUCCAGUACAUUUAAAUGGAAUCGCAGAUUAUACAUAUGAAGGAUAA